UAGGAUUUUUGUUGUUGUUACACCAGCAAAUAAAUAUAUCGAUGCAUAGAGCUGUCAAAAAUAUUACUUCAAUUUAAUUUGCAACGCAACUGAAGAAGGAUUUCAUCGAUAUGUGACUUUUUCUGCACAUGUUUUAUUUUAUGUGUGUAAAAAUAUAAUUACAUUGUGUUGAAAUUGAGGUAAGUAAAAAUCGACAAUGGAAAGGCUUGAGACGGAUGAUGGUGCUGGCGGUAGUGGAGACCGGCCCGAAAAAGAUGUGAAUAAAGCCGAGUAUUAUAUCUCUCAAUUGAAUUCGAAUAAUGCGAAAAAAGUGGCAUUGUGCCUUGUGUUGGGUUUCAUCUUCUAUCAUGGAUUGAUUCAUUUGAGAUACGGCACUGAUUCAUGUAAAUGGCUGCUCUCCGAUGGACGUUUCAAAGGGAAUCGUGAAUGGCAACCGUAUGGUUGUAUGAUGCACAAAUAUACACAAACUGAUACCAAACGUUGUUUCCGUUAUUUGGUAUUUUGGGGAAGUCAUCAUCACUUUGUGUUUAUUGGCGAUGUUCGAAUUCGUACAUUGUAUCAAGCAUUUGUCAAACAUUUACAAGUAUUUUCAUCAGCGGCCAAUGUGGACGAUAACAAAUCGACGACCCUGCGCUACGAUGAGCCGAUCACCAAUUUGGAAUACAGUGAUUACAAAUUGAAAUUGCGGGCGAAUUUCAUUCAUUCGCCAGAUCUAACGCCAAUGAUAACCGAAUUCAAUCGAUGGCAAAACAUCGAAGACCCACCCUCGUUCAUCAUUGCAAGUACAACGAGUGCACAAUUUAUGCAGGGAAACAUUACAAAGGAAAUUAUCAAGAGUUAUUCGAUGAAUUUAUCGAAACUCAUGCAACCGAUUGAUACGUUGACGCGAGAGAAAAAAGUAAAAAUUCUGUGGAAACUUCAAGAUCCAGUCAAUGAGGACAAAUUGGCCGAUGAGUGGAAGAACGUACAAAAUGACAUCAUUGACAAAUACAAUGAGGCAGCAUAUUCAAUUCUCAAGUAUUCGGGCGUUCAGAUCUUCUCAUCGUCGAAACAGAUCGCAAACGGUCUGCUGGAUGAAACAAUCGAUGGAUGGCGUUUGAGUAAAUUGGCCGCUCAACAUGACAUCCAAAUACUUUUGAAUAUGUACUGCAAUGAUUAUAUGAAUUUUAACGAUGGUUCAUGUUGCAGCAGCGCUGAACCAUAUACAGUUCUGCAAAUUAUUACGUACGCGGUGUUUGGUGUGAGUCUAUCUUUGACCAUGGCGAUGGUGACAAGGCGAUGGUGGUUACAUUUACGUGGAUAUACAUUCUAUGUGCCGUUACGACGACAAACAAACAGUAGCGUUGCAAAUAUAUUGGCCAAUGAUUUGAGCACACCAUUGUUUGCCAUUUCAACGUUGGCCAUAAUAAUGGGAUAUUUUUAUUUGUGCGAUCGCACCAAUUUCUUUAUGAAAGAGAACAAAUAUUAUUCAGAGUUUAGCUUUUGGAUUCCAUUAGGUUAUGUAUUUGUAUUAGGGUUAUUUUUUACCGAAGAUAGUCGAUUCACAAAAGUAUUGCAUCGCGAUCAAACAGAUGAAUUGAAAGGAUGGAUGCAAUUGGUCAUAUUAAUUUAUCAUUUGACGGGUGCCGAACGGAUAACACCGAUUUAUAUGCAAAUCAAAGUAUUAAUUUCAGCCUAUUUAUUUUUAUCGGGCUAUAAUCAUUUUAGUUAUAUGUGGCACACUGGCAACGCCGGCAUCACGCGAUUCCUUCAAAUUCUAUUUCGAAUGAAUUUCAUGACCAUUGUGCUGUGCUUGUGCAUGAAUCGCCCGUAUCAAUUUUACUAUUUUGUACCGUUAAUAUCGUUUUGGUUUGUUAUCAUUUAUUUCGUACUGGCAUUGCCACCACAAAUCACUUCGAAUAGCGUUGAAAACAAUCCAUAUAAAUAUUGUUAUUUGGUGUUGAAAUUUGUGUGUCUGUUGAUUGUGAUUACGAUUUUCUACAUGAGUGAAGUGUUCUUCGAGCGAGUGUUUGUGACACGACCGUGGAAGGCACUGUUUGUGACAACAGACGAUGACAUCCAUCAGUGGUGGUAUCGAUGGAAACUUGAUCGAUAUACCGUCACCUAUGGCAUGAUUUUUGCAGCCAUUUUUCAUAUUGCACAAAAAUUUAAUAUCGUCGACGAUAAUACAAAUCAUAAUUUAUUUGCUGGCCGAACUUCGAUCAUGGCCGCCAUACUUUCAUUGGGCGGCAUCGCAUUUUAUACGACAUUCUCGUUUUUGUGCCGCAACAAACAAGAUUGCGAAGAAAUUCAUUCGUAUGUUGUUUUUCUGCCGAUCAUUUCAUAUAUUGUACUGCGCAACAUAUCGGGCAUAUUUCGCAUAAGAUUCUCAUCGUUUUUCGCAUGGUUCGGUCGCAUUUCAUUGGAGUUGUUUAUUUGCCAGUAUCAUAUAUGGUUGGCCGCUGAUAGGAACGGUGUUCUUGUACUUUUGCCAGGCUUUCCAACACUUAAUAUUUUGAUAUCGUCAUUCAUUUUCGUUUGUGCAUCGCACGAAGUACAUCGUUUGACGCAAGUUCUCUUACCGUAUGCUGUACCAAAUGACUGGAAAGUCGCUCUUAGAAAUUUAAUUGUAUUCUUGAUUAUACUUAUACCGAUAGGUAAAUAUGAUGGCAUGUUUUGAAUUUUUAAUUCGGUCAUAGUCAUAUACGGCAUUAUUUAAUUUACAAUGGUAGCUGUGACGAUUUUCAAACUUACCAAAUUGUUUCAUAAAUAAAAUAAAUACUAUUUAAAAAUGAAA